AUGUUUUCAAUAUCAUCUUCUAAUAAACAAAUCAUAAGAAUCAAAGAUCACGAUAUUUUAGUUGAUUCACCGUACAAGGAUACGAUCUUGAUAUACGGUAAUCCAUUAGAGAAUGACCAGAUUCCGUUGAAUGGUACAAUCAAUUUCAUAAUCGAUGUGGAUUAUUUGAUUAUCAAAAAAAUCUGUUUAAGAAUGAUCGGACAGUACAAAUUGGAAUUUAUUCAAAUAGGUACUAAAAGUUUUCACAAUAAUCCUUCACAUAACAUAUCAGUUACAUCUUCUUCUUUAGCGUCUCCGUCACCAUCAUCAUCAUCGUCCAAUAUCAACACAGUGUUAACAAGGACAUCAACUACCAAUCCUGCUUCUACUGUUAAUCCUACUGGUUCUACCUCUAUCACAAGUGGAUCUAUUGAAAUCAAUGGCAAUAAUAGUAUGAAUACAACUAAUGGUGUCGCUGUGGUGAAAGAAAAUUCUAUUAUAUUUGAAUGUUUAUGGAAUAAUUUGUUAGCCAAUAAAAAUGGUGAAAUUAUUACUAAUAUAACUAACAAUAACAGCACUACUACUACUACAGCUACCAACAGUAAUAGUACUAAUAUAAAAAUGCCAUAUAGUAAGUUUAAAUUAAAGAGAAAUAACAGCAAUUAUAAUAAUCAUAGUAACAACAAUACUUAUAACAGUAACAGUUCAUCUAUUAUCAUAGAUAUUACACCUGAUACAGUAACCACCAUAAAUAUCCCUGAAUUAAAUAAGUCUAAGGCUAAAAUACGAUACAAAUUCCAUAGAGGUAAAUAUUCAAUCCCCUUUAAACUUAUGUUGCCUAAUGAUAUACCUGAAACUAUCGAAGGUCUACAGAGUGGUUCAAUCCUUUAUACGUUGGAAUCAAACAUUGAAUGCAAAUAUGCUAAUGACUUUGGCAAUAAAUCCACCAGUUUAAUACAUCUUAAUCUCAGCCGUAAUCAUAAUAGUUACAGUCAUACCAAUAACAAUACUAGUGAUAAUAAUAGAGAAGAUGAUACUCUGGCUAAAGUUUAUAACCCUAUACUGUCACAAUAUCAUAGAUACAAAUAUUUACGUAUUUUACGCACUUUAUCGUCAAACAAUUUGAAUGUUGAUGAAGAAAUGUCUAUCCAAAAUACUUUACCAGAUAGAUUACAAUACGAAAUCAAGAUACCUAGUCGUGCAAUACCAAUCGGUGAUUCAAUACCCAUACAAAUCAAGAUCUUCCCGUUUUCGAAACAGGUCAAAUUAAUUAAAAUUAGUGUUCAUUUAGCGCAAAAAUAUUAUAUUAAAGAUUCAAAAGGCACUAUAUAUGAUAAUGAAAUUAUAAUAUUCAAAAAAUCUAUCAAAAAUUUUGGCUCUUUAUUAUUGGAAGACAAUAAAUUGUUUAAAGAAAUUGAUUUUAUAUCAAAAAUUGAUUUGCCAAAGGAUUUAAAAUCGUUGACACAAAGUUGUUCAAUAAGAGACGAAAAGUUUAUCCAAGUAUUACAUAAAUUAAAAUUCCAAUUAAAAUUCAAAAGAUACGAUACAAAUGUAAAACAGUGGAAGAAUUUUCAAAUUAAUGCCACUAUACCAUUGAUCCUUUAUAUAUCACCAUAUGUCAAUAUUAAAGGUAGAUUGGUAUAUUAUGAUCAAAUGACUGGUAAGAUCCACUUUCGUCCAGGUGAAUUAAUAGAUUUAUUUAAUGCUGAGACUAAUUGUGUAGGAGUACCACAUUUAACUAAUCUAAGAUCAUUACAAGAUUAUUCUCCCUUAUUUGAAAAUAUUCAUGGUCAACAACAACAACACUUGUUAAAUGAUAUACCCCCACCCCCAACUUAUGAAGAAUACAAUAGAGAUCAAUUGAUUAUACCAGAUCAUCAUUUGACAAAUAGAUUACGUAGAAUGCUUAUUACUGAUAAUAUUCCAAGUUAUGAACAAGCCACAUCGUCGAAUCAUAUGAUAAAUACAUAA